GUGAUCUAACCUUAACAUGGUGUAACUUACCAGAAGGAAACCGAAACAGUGUUUCUUUAAAUUAAAGAAACGACUUAAACAUUUCAACGUAAUCAGCAUUUGGCUAAGAUAAAGACAACAAGAAUGACUUCAAGGAAGAAGAAAGACUACAUGAAAGUGUUGUCAAUAACAGAGUGUAACAUCUGCCAUUUGGAUUUAUCCGACCCUCGUCGGAUAGAGUGUGGACACACCUUCUGUCUCCAUUGUUUAGGUAAACACGUAAGUUCUUCGUCUUCUUGUCCAACUUGUAAACGACCUAUGAAACCAACAUCUGGAAAGGUCGAAAAUUAUCCUGUUGCUAUGGAAAUAGUACACCUUCUGCAGACACUUCAGAAGGUUGCAAGUUGCAGCAAUAUUGCAGGUGAGGAAGAGGAUAAAACAGGGGAAGAGGAUGAGUACCAAUAUGUGGAGCUUGAUACUGAUCAAGAUGAGGUAAAGACUAAGACAUUACCUCAACAAUCAAAGUCUGUCAUGUCGAACGAUGUAUGCGAUAUACAUGGACAAAGACUGGUAUCUGUUUGUACCACUUGUGAUGAUGAACUCAUCUGCGACAAAUGCAGCAUCCAUUCGACCCACAAUAAACAAGAGAUAUCUGAACAUAAUAGGCAUCUCAAGCGACUACUCGAAAAACAAAGAGCGGAUUUACUCCAACGGGAAAAGGAUGACGUAGCAGAAGAAGAAACGUUGCAGGAAAUGAUCGAAAAGCAAGUUCAACAAAGGGAAAUAAUUAAAGACGAGAUAGAAGAAAUUACCGAGGAAAUUUUUACACAAAUUCACAUGAAAAAGGAAGAAAUGCUUCGACCUAUUGAGGAAAAGGCAGACGAAUACGUCAAACAACUGACGGAGAGGCAGGAGGAUAUCAAAGACAGGCUAUCUGAGUUUAGUCACAUCAGCAACAGGAUUGGAAAACUUUCGCAUGAUGACACAACAGACUACAGCAGAAAAGCAAAAAGAUUGGUUAAACAAGCAAACAUUGCACUCCUGAUAGAAAACAAACCUGUACCACGUUACCAGAACAUUGAGUUCACCAAGAAUGACACAGUCCUAGAAGAUCUGUCACAACUUCAGUUAGGUGAUGUAAGGAUAGAUGAAGUAUCAAUAGCGCAGGACGAGGAGGGUACAGCGUCCGACUUCUUUCCUGAUGGGGAGAAAGUGUACGUGAAUGAUGUGUACCCGGACGAUGUCUACACGUACGAUGAUUCAAUCUUACCUCCUCCACCAGCUCCUGUAAGACCAAAACCGGGAAAAUCGUAUCAUCCAUUACCUACACCAAUGGCACCACCAACUAUGGAUGUUCCUUCUUUAUUUCCUCGCCCUCGUCCUCCACUUCCUCCACGACCUCAAAAUCAAUAUCAAAAUCAAAGUCCCCCAGCAGCUAAAAACGAAGAGAAAAUCUACCAUGACCUGGACGAUUCUCUAUCUGAUAAUACUAUACGGAAUCAAAAGCAUGACACGGAACCUCUGGAACAGAAAGAAGAUAUACCGGACAGCCAUUUCAAUCCACCGCCAUUAUCUCCCUUUUCAGGAACAUUUCGAAAAUCGGCCUCUAAAGCAAUUGACAACCGUGCAUUUCCACAGAAAUUGCUUCACCGUGUAUUCCUCCCCUUUAGACCCUCGGGGUUCACGGUUGUUCGAGGUUCUCUGGGACACUACUACACAUUUGUCACAGAUGAUUACCACGUGAAAAUGUUCAGAGAGAAUGGAGACUUCUAUAGGACAAUCACAGAUCUCGUCCGGGCGUUCGAUGCUGCAAGCCAACAACAUGGCGAAGGCUUGACGCUUUUGUACAUAACGGAUGAAGGACGAAGGACAGGAGAUGGAAGUGUCAGGGUGUAUACCUCCGAGGGAGAAUUCCAGAAAGUGUUGGUUGGAAAGCUCAAGAAACCACAAGGAAUUUCCAUAUCACGAGUGGGACUCGUUUACGUAUGUGACGAAGCAAAUAUCCUUGUGUUUUGUCCAAAAACGGGGAAAAGAAAGAGGAUCAUUUCUACCAUCGGGAGGGAUCCAAUUUUUGUAUGCCCUUUGUAUGUGAUGGUGAGCGCCACUGGGAAGAUUCUAGUCUCCGAUGUUGGCACAAGAGAGCUCAAAAUCCAUGACGAAACCCGAAAGUACACCGACAAAUUCAAACCAGAUGAGGACGAAGGGGAGCUUUACACAAGCUUUACUCCUGGAAUGUGUGCCGAGGAUUCUUCUUCGAAUUAUUACGUCAUUGACCAAGAGAGAAACAUUCUUUAUAUAUUGCGCGGUGGGGGGAGGUCAGAGAAGCUAGCGCUACCACAAAAACCUCAGGGGCACGAUGGAAUACCAACAGCUGUAUCUUUCGCCAACGAUACAGGGAACAUUGUAGUGUUUUAGACAAAAGAUAUACAGGAUGUUGUUUUGAUAAAACAAAUGAUUUUUGUAUAUACCCAAACGUACGUUUUACCGCGAAUAACACCACAACGCCAAUCACGUCGUCUGCAAUGAUAGACGUCAGAUAUGCCCGGACGUUUUCCGAUGUGAUGUUAGAGGUCCAUCCUUUCAUGUUUAUGUUAUAGUAACUGAGUUCAAUAUAUUUUUUGACGGUCAGAUUAAGGAUUAGUAUUUAAAAGACAUACAGCUUGGUAAUAGAUAUAAGCAGCCCAUACAUAUAUAGGGUAUUGAUACAAACAAUAUACUUGCAUAUGAUAAAGUCCAGAUAUGUUACUACAAAAACUACUGGAGUUGUUUGUAAAUACACAAUAUGACUAAUUUUGCUUGUUUUUUUGAGCGGUUUUAUGUCCGCUUCACUACCGAGUAGUUCGGUUAUCCAGCAGACGAGUGUGACUUAUUACUCAUUUGUCUGUUAUACAUGUGGAUUUAGUUUAAAUGACCCAAAGAAAAUACGAUAAACAGUAGUCUCGCUUUGUUGUAAAAAUCAAUAUCUGUCCAGGAGAUCUAAUACAAGAUAAGCUGUAAUCAGUUGUUGGUAAUCAUCUACAUCAAAAAAACCGAUUAGUCACUUUUAAGGACAUAUGGUAUUUUUUACAUCACACCACAUCUGUUGUUCCACCCGUCAAGGUAUUAAAAUGUUAUAAUCAUAAGAUAAUUAUCACUUUUGCGAUGUUUCCUUUAGUUUAAACAUGUUUUAUUGUACAAAGAUACUAAUCGAUUAAACAACAAGUUAUUUCAACUUAAUAAAGUACUAUCCCGAAAUGGAGCGAUGUUUCAUUCGCUUAUCUAAACGGCCUUUACUGUAAUUGAACUUGCUUUAAAGUGUUGUUCAUCAAAAGUUUAAUAUUCCUAAUGUAAAUAAACAGAUAUGAUAAUAAUAGAGAUGACAUACUUCGGAUCCCUGGCGAACUACUGGCAAACACUGUAAAUAACUUCAACAAUUAAUUCUAAAUCACUAUCAAUUAUCUCAAUUCAGUCUUUGUUUCCAAUAUAAAUUGUCAGUUAUGCAAAGACAUAAAAUCUAAAUUCAAUUGUUUGUGCAAUGUUUUUUGGAAUACCCCUUAUAUUCAAUAUUUGUUAUCGGAUGGUCGAGUAACGCAGUGGAUGGAACACUUGCCUUGGCGUCCGGGUUUCAAUUCCCCGAUCGGACGGUAUGGUAAGGGGUCACCUUCCCGUCCACCUGGGAUUUCUCCGAUUAUUUCGCUUUCCUCCGAUAUCAAGAUACCCGCGCGCUUAAAUAUAAUUUUAUAAUUGUUGUAAAAUGUAUAAAGUUGAAAGAUAUUAUAUAAUAUUUUUUAUAUACUAUUCAAUAUUCGAUUCUAUUAGUUGUCACGUGAUGUUUACAUUUUCGAUCAGAUCAGGCAUAUAGCAGCACGAUAGAAAACCUGAGUGUUCCAAGGGUUGGGGGUCCUUGGCAGCGAGGUCUGCUCAGGUCUUAUCGUGCGAUAUGUUAUAUAUGCUUAGUAAAUUAUUACACACUAGGCUACAUUUAACGUUUUUCCGUUGAUAAAAAGGUCUCAAUCAGCUGAUAAGCCAUAUUGGCCUGGUUAAUGUAGACCUAGACGUAUUGGGUUGGGGAGGUCGAUACUUUAUCAGAAAGGUUUGUUCACACUCCACAUCAUAUUUGUAAACUAAGAAAUAGAAAUAUUUGUGAAAAUUAUGUUUACAUUUACAUAUAACACUCGCAUAUGGCAGAAUGACCUGAUUUUUCCAAGGGUUUUGGGGCCUCCUACCGGCGAGGUCUGUUCAGGUCUCAUGCUUGCAUCCUAGCCCGUAGCUGCGAUAACGUGGCUUUCUGACGACGAGAGAGUUUUUUUAUAUAUAUUGCGUCGUCAGACGCGGGGCAUAGUCGCCCGGUUGUUAAUUUUAAUACUACCUUGCCCGGUCACCCUAAUGAGUGUCCAGGGAGGUUUUCGGGCGCCCAGGAAUUCGUUAUUUUACUUUUUUUUUUACUUUUUUCUUCUGGUUCAUACAUUUAUACACUUUCCUAGCUGUAUGUACUGCUAUUUCGGACAUUCACAUUUAUCAACAAAGAAUUUGUCAUCCAAUUGUUUAAAAGUCUAGUGCGGCCACAUUUGGAAAGAACAAAUUGCUAUUGAAAAUGUCCAACGCAGGGCAACAAGACGCCUACCAAUCUUUAAAGGACAGUCCUACAGUGAAAGACUUUGUGCACUGGGCCUCCUAAGUUUAGAAUAUAGAUUGACAGGAGAUGUCGUGUAAAUCUAUAAAAUCAUCAAUGACAUUGACAUUUUUGACAAAAACAACAUGAUUAAAAUGGCUGCAUUUUUUUGCCUCACUCACAUAAUAACUUUUGUAAAUUACAAAGCCAAUGAUUGUUUACAGGUGAUUUAAUUCAUUAGAGUUCGGGUAUUCGUUUUUGUAUCCAAUUGCUAUGUUUUUUAGAGUCAACAUAUCUUUUUUGAUAUCCUAGUUUUUCAAAAAUAUAUCCGAUUUAAAAUUUUGUAAAUAUUUACAUUUUAUGGGAAAAUGUUUUUAAUCUUCUAUUGUGUAUUACAGUUUGGUGUAUCUCUUAUUUUCCAUUGAUGCAGAAUUUGCUUUGAUGUAAGGAUUUUGUCUAGUUAUUUCCAUUUAUAUUCCUUCAGAUUGUUGGUUUUUAAGUAUUGAAAGACAAAAUCAUUUGUAAAUUUGAAUUGGGCAUCUGUUUUAUUGCAUUUGUUCUCCCAGUAUAUUCUUCCGAUUGAUUUUUCAGAACGCAGAGUGUUUGAAGAUUGUUCGAUUAUUACAAUUUUCAAUGGUUACUGUUCCUAGUUUUGGAAUUUUGAUGACCAGAUUUCUUUCGAUUUUUACUCUAAAGUUAUGCACGUUAACAUAAUUUUCUUUAAUUUUUGAUAGCCGAGUUUUUGGUAUUGCUUUUUUACUAUGGAUAGUUUUGAUAGCAAAUUAGUUUUUUUGUUAAUUUUUCAUAUAUGGUUUUAUCAUUUAUUUCUACAUUGUGUUGUAAUUGAUCCUUGAUAGUUACAAUGUCUGAUUCUAUCCAUUUUUAAAAAUAUAUGGUUUUACCUUUCAUCUUAAUAUGCCUAUUCCCCCAUAUAAUUUGAGCUAACAUGGUGUUUUAAUGUUUUGGUUCUUGGUUUGGUGCUCGUAGUUUGAUCAAUGUUGCUAUGAUUUCAUAGUAAAAAGGGGAUAGCUUUUCACUUUUUGGAAGAUUUUUUAAGUUGUCGAGACUCAUUUUACAUAUAUGCAUAUUUUUGCCGAAAGUGUUUAGUUGUAGCAUUGGGAUAGUUUUCCAUAAUGCUGCUUCCUCUGAUAACAUUUUUUUUCAGCCAGGUUAUUCGUAAUGUAUCAAUAUGUGAUCUUAUAUCGAUUGAGUUGAUCCCGCCAUCAGUGUAUGGUCUGAUUAUUGUAUUUCUUUUUACUCUUUCUUUGGUUAUGAUUUUACUAUUUGUAUUCUCCCUAUUAUAGUAAGUUUUCUGAUUUUCCAUUUAUUUAUUAGUUUUUUAACUUUAUCCAGUUUACUUUUCCAAUUUAAGUGUAGUGUUUGUUACUUAUUUAGUCCAAAGUGAACUCCUAGUGCUUUGAUUGUUAUAUCAGUCCAUGCGAUUCCUUGUACGUUUUGAUUGCUUCUGAUUCUUAUAGCCAUUUCCUCUGCUGCCAUAACAAACAAUAAUGCUGAUGCAGGACAAUCCUGCCAUAAAUCUCGGCACUGCUUUUUCCGAAUUAAGGAUACCUGAUGCAUAAUACUAAUGACUUUUUUUUAUCAAAGGAAGAUUUCGAUUAACAAUACAAAUAUUAUAAUAAAUUAUAAUUAUAACCGUUAGCGUUUUCAGUAGGUUCAGGAGAACUCCUACGCAUCAGGAAGACAUAUUGAUGUUAAAUAAGAUCCGACUGAAUGUGUAAGGUGUGGAGGUGAAACUUAAACAUUUGAUACAAGGAGUUUGAUACCAGACCUAAUCAUACCAGGCCUAAUGACGGUACGACAUCAGGGAAUCUUUACCCAUCACAACACUAAGUUGGUGGAUUCAACGUAGAAAUAGUACGUUCAUUUUGGGAAUGGAUAACAAAAUGGACCAGUUCCCUCCCUCUAUGUCCCAAAGGAUGGUUGAGUCAUUAUUCUUCGAUGAGUUUUCAACAUUUCGAUUACGUAAACGUAGUUUAACAUUGUCCCUUUUUCUGUAUCAACUAAAAUACACGCUCAGGUCUUACAUGCUGUAAUAUGUAAUGGUAAUUAUGAAUGCUUAAACACAUAAAGGUAAAUAGCAUUCCCAAAAUAUGAUCAGGAUGCUAAAACUACAAAAUCAACCAAAUAUUUCAAGUGCCGUAUAUCAAGAAUUUUCAUUCAGUUAAUGAAUAUUAAAUAUGAUUUUUAGUAUUAAAUAACAAAUACAAUACAAACAAAAAAUUGGUAGAAAUUGUAAGUUUUCUGUAGCGUAUUUCUAAGUUACAUGUAAUUGGGGUAUCCAGGUGGUUCCUACCUGCAUAUCAAUCAUUAGCUGCAUGGACGUACACUAUCUGUUAAUCAUCUUUCUAUAUACUACUAUUAAAACUACUAAUUACCAUAUAAAUGUAGUAUGUGCAAAUAGUGUUGUGCGUAUAUGUGCGGAUGAAGAUUUAUUUCCCCUUUUUGCAGACAUCACGUGAUCUAACCUUAACAUGGUGUAACUUACCAGAAGGAAACCGAAGCAGUGUUUCUUUAAGUUAUAUUAUAUUAUCAAUGUGCAGUUAAUUUCAUAUGCCUGAAAACAAGGAAGAUUCUUAAUGAUCUAAUGUUAUAUAAACACAAACCGAAAGUACAUUGUUUUUGUUCAGGAAUUGCUAAUAAAACAUUACGGAGUUUCCUGAAUAGAAAUCCAACUAAUAAAGUGGAUACAAGAAGGAAAAUUUCUUGAUUUUAAUUCAACAAAACACGACGUCCAGAUAGGUGCACUCGAUAAUUAUCCUCGUCAGGAUUCACAAAGCAGACCUAAGGACUACUGUAAAAGCAAAAUAUUUCUUUGUGGACAUACUUUUGUUUAUUUUAGGGUUUAAUAAAAUCCACGAAAUAUAAUCCGAGCUUGAUUUUUUAGCUCAUGAAAUACUAACUAAAUGAAAUAUUAAAUAAGCAAUUAAUUUUAUUUCAAAAUUCAUGGUGUAUUUACAUCUAAGAACAAGUCAUGAUUAACGGUGUAAUUAUCGUUACAGGCACAGAGUUAAACUCUCAUAACAACAGCGUUAAAUGCGUGACACAGUUAUUGUUACACGGGUACAUUUGCGUCUAUGUGAGUCUUCACAGUAAUCAUUAUGUGUAUAUCGCUCUUUGUAUUUAAGCUAUAGAGCGUGACGGAUUUCUCCGAUACCCUUCGAAUGCGUUAAUCUCGCCCGAUCUUACCUGCACUGCACAAGGAAUACAUGCGAUUUAUCAGCAGAUUUCAGAACAUUUCAGAAGAUUACAUAAAACUCAAAAAUAUGGCUCUGAUGUCAUAUUAUUUUGUUUUGAAUCAAGUAAUUUACGGAGUAUUUAGUCUGUGUAGCCGCUGUGCUGUAUACGUAUCUUAUAUACGUCUUACAUGUACGUCCAUGCCAUAUCUGAAUCGUCCUCCGAUGUAAAUAUUUACAAUGUACGUAAAUUGUGAUUUGUCUUUGUCCUGUCUUCAACCUAAAUUGGUAGAGAACUAUAUUAAGGAUGUAGUUCAUGCCAAGAAUCACACUAUCAUACGUGUUGAUUGAAACAAACAGAAAUAUACAGCUAGGAGGGGUGUAGCUCGGCUGAACCCUAGCAGAGACGUAUAUAUUACUGUAAUACAUUUGUAUAUUCGUCUCUGACCCUAGCUACUGUUAUAUGGGCCAGUGACCAAAACGUGCCACUCCAACGUAAGAAGUAUCACGUGACCUGUUAGCCAUUAAACUUAUUGCACAGUGAGGAGCAGUCACCUGUAAUUGCCCAUAUCUAGGGAACGGGACCGUUCUGAGCGCGCGUUGAUGGAUGAUUUGGUAUUUAUUUAAGUAUAUAACAGGUUUCGCUUAUUUUUACAAAACGUAAAAUGUCUUGGUCAAGACCCUUUAACUGUAUUUUACACGUGUUUUUACCUGAGGUUAGUUACCUGGACCAAAAUAUUAAAAAAUGUUUGUACACCAUAUACGA